AUGGGAUGUACUCUGAGCGCAGAGGAGAGAGCCGCCCUCGAGCGGAGCAAGGCGAUUGAGAAAAACCUCAAAGAGGAUGGCAUCAGCGCCGCCAAAGAUGUGAAAUUACUCCUGCUGGGGGCUGGAGAAUCAGGAAAAAGCACCAUUGUGAAGCAGAUGAAGAUUAUCCAUGAAGAUGGCUUCUCUGGAGAAGACGUGAAACAGUACAAGCCUGUCGUCUACAGCAACACCAUCCAGUCCCUGGCAGCCAUCGUCCGGGCCAUGGACACUUUGGGCAUCGAGUAUGGUGACAAGGAGAGAAAGGCCGACGCCAAGAUGGUGUGUGACGUGGUGAGUCGGAUGGAAGACACCGAGCCCUUCUCUCCAGAACUGCUUUCCGCCAUGAUGCGACUCUGGGGUGACUCAGGGAUCCAGGAGUGCUUCAACCGGUCCCGGGAGUAUCAGCUCAACGACUCUGCCAAAUACUACUUGGACAGCCUGGAUCGAAUCGGGGCCACCGACUACCAGCCCACUGAGCAGGAUAUCCUCCGAACCAGGGUCAAAACCACGGGCAUCGUAGAAACCCACUUCACAUUCAAGAACCUCCACUUCAGGCUGUUCGACGUUGGGGGCCAACGAUCUGAACGCAAGAAGUGGAUCCACUGCUUCGAGGACGUCACGGCCAUCAUCUUCUGCGUCGCACUCAGCGGCUAUGACCAGGUGCUCCACGAAGACGAGACCACGAACCGCAUGCACGAGUCGCUCAUGCUCUUCGACUCCAUCUGCAACAACAAGUUCUUCAUUGAUACCUCCAUCAUCCUCUUCCUCAACAAGAAAGAUCUCUUUGGUGAGAAGAUCAAGAAGUCGCCUCUGACCAUCUGCUUUCCUGAAUACACAGGCCCCAAUACCUACGAAGAUGCAGCCGCCUACAUCCAAGCACAAUUUGAAAGCAAAAACCGCUCACCCAACAAAGAAAUUUAUUGUCACAUGACUUGUGCCACAGACACGAAUAAUAUCCAGGUGGUAUUCGACGCCGUCACCGACAUCAUCAUUGCCAACAACCUCCGGGGCUGCGGCUUGUACUGACCUCUUGUCCUGUAUAGCAACCUAUUUGACUGCUUCACGGACUCUUUGCUGUUGACGUUGAUCUCCUGGUAGCAUGACCUUUUGGCCUUUGUAAGACACACAGCCUUUCUGUAUCAAGCCCCUGUCUAACCUACGACCCCAGAGUGACUGACGGCUGUGUAUUUCUGUAGAAUGCUGUAGAACCCGGUUUUAGUUGAGUCUUUACAUUUAGAAUUUGAAAGGAAAAAAAAGAACAUUUCUCAUGUGCUUUGUAGCUUUAAAAAAAAAAAAAAGAAAAUGGAAAACUCACCAUUACAUCCAUAUUUCUUUCUCUUUUUUUUUGGAAUAAAGAAACAUAUACAUGUGCACCUGCGCCCUCCCCUCCCCCCACAUCACGGCGGGGCCCCCAGCACCCCCGCAGAGGUGCCAGGCCUGUCUGCACCCAGCUCCCAGUUGUGUUCAGGCUGGCAGCACGUUCCAGAACUCCGAGGGGCGUUCCCGCACCCACAGCAACCACGCCCCUGCCCCGCCCAGCCACGCCCACCACACGCUCCCUCCAGGUUUAUAUAGAAAAAGCACAGCUCUCACUGGCCCGUAGCUGCCGAAAAGAAUACCGAUUACAUAUAUAAAUAGAGCCCUAUAGAAAAACAGUUUUCCAGUCGACUCCCCCUUCUACAGAGUCCCUUUAUAAUUUUUUUAGUUUAUUUUUAUUUUUAUUUUUGUCCCGAUGAGCGCUACGUGCUACGUACCAGAUCCGCUUUCAUAGUCUUCGGGAGUUGGGGUUGUGGUUUUCUCCUUUUGACGUUUUUGCUUCUCAGUCUCUCAGAUGGAUGCUCCCUCUGUGUGUGUGUGCGGCCCCCUCCACCUUUUCCUUCGUUUCGGUGACCUGUGUUCGCUCUUUCUCAUGUGGGGAUGUUUGUGCUGCAGAUAAAAAGAACAACAACAAAAAAUUUUUUUAAUACCACAAGAUGGAAAAAAAAAAAACAAAAAAAAAAUUAAAAAAAAAAAAGGAAUGUAGUGUUUACAUGAAAGCCAGUUCUCAUGAUCAAGUCCUAUGUCAUUUCUUCUUUGACUCUUACCGAACCCCAAACCUCUUCACAGUUUCACUUUUAAGACUUACUAUUUGCUGAAGAAGACCGGUCACAGCCAUUUCAGAUAAA